CAGGAAACAUGUUGCGCCCUGUUUUCUACGUAGUAGUGGCGUGAGGCAGUGUGACGCUGUGUCAGGGUAUCGAGCAGUCUGGGAGGCUUAAAGAGACAUCAUAGCAACUGGAGGACAAGAGGGGGAAAAAAUAAACGAUUCCCACCUACGAAGAACCAUGACUUCGACAGCCUGUCGAUAGCUUAAGUCUAAAAGGUAUCAAGCGGGCAAAAACAAGAACGACAAAAGCUGUUUGCUUUGUGGGUCGCUCCUUGCCGUGACCCUACAACAUGGAUGUUGUCCAAUGUAUCACUGAGGGCUGACCAGAAGGAAUGAGGGACCCCAGGAGAUGUUCCCAAGUUGCCUUGUGAAUGCAGUACUUGGAUUUUGGAGUGCUUUUUUAUGAUUUGUACUGUAUGUGUCUCUCCAUGGGCACAUUUUAGCACAGCCCACCGAGUCUCCUGUCAGGACCGUACUUCUCUUCGACCGGAGCUGGAGUGACGCAUAAGAAAGGAUCAAGAAGAUACAGGGGACGCGCACGGCAACACAAAUAGAGAUCCACAACACAACGGCUGUGGUUUCAGAUCAUUGAGCUUUCUCCUCAACCCCAGUUUUAACAGCAACACCUUUUCCUCUGUCCUGUGAGAUUUGUCUCCCUGCCCCCCUCCCUAAAGCUUCCUCUACCAUUGUUAUUGGAUCUCCUAUGGUUUGCAUGGCUGGAGAAUAACCGUGGAGAGGCCAGGGUAUCACAAGCUUAUGGAUUUUGACAAGAGAGGGGGCAAGGGAGAGACAGAGGAAGGGAAAAAAAUGUCUAAGACGGCAGGUAGCAGGACUGGACAUGGGGUCCGGAGUUCCGGGACCACCUCGGGAGUUCUUAUGGUGGGCCCUAACUUCCGUGUUGGCAAAAAAAUUGGCUGCGGGAACUUUGGAGAGUUGCGUCUGGGAAAAAAUCUCUAUACCAACGAAUAUGUGGCCAUCAAAUUGGAGCCUAUAAAGUCCAGGGCGCCACAGCUUCAUUUGGAGUAUAGAUUUUACAAACAGUUGGGAAAUUCAGAGGGAAUUCCACAGGUGUACUACUUCGGUCCUUGCGGGAAAUACAACGCUAUGGUGUUGGAGCUGCUGGGGCCCAGUCUAGAGGACUUGUUUGAUCUCUGUGACCGCACCUUCUCCCUCAAGACCGUCCUGAUGAUAGCCAUACAGCUGAUAACGCGGAUGGAGUAUGUCCACACCAAGAGUCUGAUUUACAGAGAUGUGAAGCCAGAAAACUUCUUAGUUGGGCGACCAGGAAGCAAGAGGCAGCACACCAUUCACAUCAUCGACUUUGGUCUGGCCAAAGAGUACAUAGACCCCGAGACCAAAAAACACAUCCCCUACCGGGAGCACAAGAGUCUGACUGGAACGGCACGCUACAUGAGCAUCAACACACACCUGGGAAAAGAACAAAGUAGGCGGGAUGAUUUGGAGGCCCUGGGUCACAUGUUCAUGUACUUCCUCCGAGGUAGCCUUCCUUGGCAAGGCCUAAAGGCUGAAACUUUAAAGGAGAGGUAUCAGAAAAUCGGUGACACCAAACGAGCAACACCGAUUGAAGUGCUAUGUGAAAGCUUCCCUGAAGAAAUGGCUACUUACCUGCGAUACGUGAGGAGGCUGGACUUUUUUGAGAAGCCCGAUUACGACUACUUGCGGAAGCUCUUCACUGAUCUCUUUGACCGAAACGGCUACGUCUUUGACUAUGAAUAUGACUGGGUUGGCAAAUCCCUGCCCACACCAAUAGGCCCUAUCCCCAGUGAUGCUCCCCUGCAGCCCAGCAGCAGGGACAAAGCACAACAGCAGACCAAAAACCAGUCGCCUGAGCCCAAAGGAAGUGAGUCUCAGCCCACUCCCGUGACCAAUAAGGAGACUUUGGGGUCGCACCUCACAGCUGAGCGGCUGGGGGGCUCUGUUCAGGUGAUGAGCUCAACAAAUGGCGAGCUGAACACUGACGAUCCCACAGCUGGACACUCCAACGCUCCCAUCACCGCUCCCACUGAGGUUGAAGUGGCCGACGAUACCAAGUGCUGUUGUUUCUUUAAACGGAGAAAGAGGAAAGCCCUCCAGAGGCACAAGUGAAAGAAGAGAUUGAAGAGAACUUGAAACCUUGUUGUCACUGUCAAGUUUUAAAUGGAAGCAACUACACAGACGGCCCCCCGCCUCCUCCUCCACCCACCCUGUCCUCUUCUCUGUCCAGACCCACCCACUUGACCUCCUCUGUCACUCUUAACUUCCUCCCCUGCUUCUCUCUCUCCCUCGUUCUCAGUGCUCCCUGGCUACUGGCGUGUUAAAGGAACGUUGCAGUCAUACUGACUCACAACAGACUCUUGAUUCCUUUAUCGGCGCAAAAUACACUUACCUGCAUUACAAAGGUGGGGGAGGGUGGGGUUGGGGUGGCUGUGGGGUGAGGAGCUUGAGAAAAAGUUUUUUUUUUUUAAAAAGCUGUAACAAUGAAACUCGAAUACUGUGGCGUGAAUAUGAAAUAAGAUACUGUUUGAAACAGUUGUUGAAUUCUAGAUUCCAUACAGAAGGUUUGUUGUUCCAACAGUCAGCUGUUGAUCAGGGGGAACCAUCCGAAAUCUGCUCCUUAGGAAAUAGUUUAUUGCUUUCCUUUUCUUCCUUUGGUGUGUGUUUUGGGAUCAAGGUAAAGAAAAAGGUGAAUUAUGCCGAUGUUAAAUCUGAGCGACACCGCAAGCUUUUCAUCUAUUACAGAAUUUGGAGGAUUUUUAUGUAUUUUUUUUUCUUUCCUUUUUUUGUAAUUGAAUCCUCAGUUUUCAAAGUUGAAUCCCUGCAUUGAAGACUUAUUUUUAUGUUGUAGUGUUCUGGAGUUCCAUUUCCUCCUCACCCCCGCCUCCCCUCCUUCAUCUGGCUUACUUUUUGUCUGUCAUCGUGGACUUUGUAGCACAGUCACUGGCCUCAGGUACUGUGGAAGAUCGAGAGAAACAGAUAUUAAGCUCUCCUUACUAUUAUUGCACUUUGGGGAAAAAACACACACAAAAAAAGCAGAAAACAAUUACAGUGGAAACUUUAGGUAUGAAAUUAACAAUUACGAAAUACAAAACUUAAUAAAGACUGAUCUAGGAAGAGUCCUUCACGACGCUUAUAUCUGAGUAAUGGCAAGGAAAAUGUUUGAUUUACGUGAGGGAAGAUAUGUCUUUCAACUUUUAUUUCUUACAUCAGAAUAAUUUACCAGGAAAUCAUAGUUUGUGCCUUUCUAAGUAAAAUGUUUAAAGCUCAA